AUGGCGUCGCAGGGCCUGUUGGAGCAGGUCUGGUAUUGGGGCGACGUUGAUAAGUCGGUGGUGUCGCGAGCGCUCGCCGAUCAGCCCGAAGGCGCGUUCAUCGUUCGCAACGCAUCCACAAUAGGAGAUUAUACACUUUCAGUCAAGUACCAAGGUCAAGUGAAGCUGGUAAAAAUUGUGGUUCGCGGUAAUCGAUGCGGCUUCUCGAUCGACUCGCUCGUUCACGAGACGGUCGUCCAGCUCAUCGAGUUUCAUCGCAACGUUUCGCUAUUGGUCUACAAUGAUCAGCUCGAUGUGAAGCUCACGUAUCCAGUGCCGACGCGACGAAACUCGCAGAACGGGCGUCUCGCCGCGAAAAAGACGCAAAUGAGCACGAAGAGCAUUCUCGAUGCAAAAGAUUCGGAGGAUUGGGAUGAGCGAUUGGGUCUCGAGAGUCUUCGAAUUGCGCAGAUGAGCGUUGAACGAGCCGCGAGACUGUUCGAUUUGGCGCAUCAAGAGGUCGAGCGAGCUGAAAAUUUGUUUCACGAGAGGGUCAAGCAGUGUCGCGACUAUGAAAUGAAGCUGGAGAAGCUCGGCGAUCUCCACGACGUCGAGGAGAACAUCAAUAAGACGAUUCCGCGACUCGAAGGGAAUUAUAGUUUUCGACAAGCGAUGAAGGGCAACCAGAAGGUGUUGGAAGAUGGAAUGCAGAAGAUCCGAUUGGAUUUGGCCGCGUGCCAAGAGCAACGCAAAAGGAUAAGCGAUCUCGUCGACGAGCUGAAAGUCGAUUCGGUGCACGCGAAGAAUCGAGUGAUCGCUAGCCAUGAGACGCGCAAUAAGGUUUAUGGGAAUCUCGCGAGCAAAGGAAUUCCACAAGAGAAGCUGCAAACCACAAUGAACGCCACCGGCGAGCUGAUACUCAAUGAGCCGUUGCGCGUCAGCCAACUUCUUUGCGAUCUACCGCUUCGUUGGGUUCCAGGACAGUACUUGGUUUACAGCACCUCGAAAGAAGACGCGGCGACAGCGCUAUUAGCGGCGAGAGAACGAAUGUACGAAAUUGAUAAGAAGAUGGGCAUCAUUCGUCCGCCGAUUGACGGCGUUUUCCUAAUAAGGCCAUCGUCGUCGCAGCCGGACAAACUGGUGUUGAGUGUGCUGUAUGGCGAGCGAAUUUCGCAUUGUCUCAUUGAGCAAAGUGAGCAGGGCUGGGGAUUCGAGCACAGCAACAUCUACCUAACGACGAUCGGCGAUUUUGUGCGCUAUUAUGCGCACACGACGCUGGAAACGCACAACGAUCAGAUAAAGACGACGUUGGCGAUGCCGGCGUUUCCGCCGCCGCCCGACGCCGUCCUUGAGAAUUUGCCGAAGCCGCCGGCGGGCACGACGAACGCGAACACGAGUACGACAACGUCGUGCACGACGACAACCGCGAACACGCCGUUGACGACGAGCACCACGUCGACGGCGUGCUCGUCGACAACGGCGAGCAUCGCGACAAUUGCGAGCAUUUCGACAACGCCGAACAGCACGGCGCCGGCGAGUCCAACGCCGGAGGAAGAGGACGACGACGAGGAUGAAGAGGAUGAAGAGGAGGAUGAGAGUGCGCUGGCAUCGGCAAGCUCGACGACGUCAUUGAGCGAGCUGGCGUCGCCGAGCGAAGAAUUUAUUCCGCCAUCAUAA